AUGAAGUUACUGCCACCCGGUAUAUACCGUGUUGAUAUUUUGAUCCUGAUCUCGUAUCAGAUGUGUCAUUUCUUCUCGAUUCAACAACUUUUUCCCAUAUUCUUGAAUUAUACACCGAAAACAACGUGUGUUGAUACGGCAAAAGGUAAUUUUUCCAGAAUUUCUGAAAUUUCGCGCGGCUGGUAAAUUUGGGGGACUAGAAUGUAAUAACGCGCGGACUCACGCUGAUUAUUUCGUGACAUUUGGCCGUCAAUGGAAAAAGUUCGGCCCCGUGUUCGCUAGAGCGCACAUUCAUUUUUUCAACACGGCAUUUUAUGUUUUUUUUCUAAAAAUCGCAAUUUAACACCCUAAACGACGCCGAAUGUAGAUAAUAUUGAUGGGAAUAGGAAAAUAAACCCAAAUACUCUAAUUUGCAAAGUUGAACUUUUCAAAAACCUUGUAGAAUGAGAAGUUUUACUUAGGGCUUAAUAAGUACAUGGUUUCGCUGACUUAAAGCUCAUUCUUAGUCAUGAAAGAAUCACAAUUUAAUUCUCUACGUUUCCAUCGUUCGUUUUUUCGGUGAAACGGCCUGAGAGCUGAGAAAAUUGUGUGUUUCGAAAAAAAUUCUGAACAAAAAAAAACGAAAAAAAAAUUUAGAAAAAAAGUGGGCGGAGCCUGGCCGUCUAGCUGCCCGGUUUGGUUUCCUCGGCCAAAAGUGACGAAAUAAUCAGCGUGGACUAGAGUGUAAACCUAGUCCCCCUUGCAUUUUUUUUUAACCCGAAUUUUACCAAUCACAAUUUCUACAGGAAAAGUUUGCUACAAUGUGCCAAAAAGCAAAUGUAUGCAAAACGAGAAUUAUCCAAGUGUCUGCAGAAAUUUUACUGGCAAUGAUUUGCAAAAUUGUGAAUUGGAAAAAUCAUUCAAAUAUUAUCAAUCGGCAGCCAUGGAAUAUGAUAUUUAUUGUCGUCCUGGAUGGAAAGAGUGAGCUUCAUUGUCACAAUUAUCCAUAAUUUCAAAUAAUAUUUCUAAAUUUUCCAGUUUCCGCCCAGCAUUCGUUCAAUAUGUCGGUGUCUUGAUUGGUAAUAUUAUCCUUGGUUAUGUCGCCGAUCAAAUCGGUAGACGAAAGACAUUCAUCAUCUCAAUGCUCAUCGGAAUUCCAUCAUUAUCACUUUCGGCGGCUUUUGAUAGCAUCGCCUCGUUCUACUUUUUCCGCGCAUUGACUGGUAUUGGAAUUGCUGGAACUAUGAUUGUUGGAUGGGCGUAUUUCUCGGAACUUGUUUCGCCUCAUCAACGAUUCAAAUUGCGCACGUUUAGUAAUUGGGUAAGAGGAUUAGGGAUAUUUAUAGAUAUAAAGAUUUGGGAAGUUUUCAAAAAAUUCCAACAUUUUUCAAAUUCCAGGCAAAUGCUCGAAUUAUGCUCACAUUGGUUGCUCUUUUGACUGGAGAAUGGAGAUUAUCCUCACAUGUUUGUGCCGCAAUUUCACUCAUCACAUUGGCAAUUGUCUAUUUUGUCCUGCCGGAAAGUCAUAUUUGGUUGAGAAAAAAAGGUCGGCACGAGGAAGCCGAAGCAAGUCGCAAACGAAUCGCCGAUCUCGCCGGCAUCGACUUCGAACCAAUGGAACCGCCACCGAAAGUUGAGAAUGCGGAACCAGAAAAAGCUGUCAACAUCUUAACCGUCUUCAAAAAUCCACAACUUCGCAAAAAUAUCUUGAUUCUUUGGAUCAUGUGGUUUAUCACUGGAAUGACGGCGUACUUGACAGAUUUGUGUGGUGGAGAUAUGACAAGCAAUUUCUGGGUCGGCCAGUUUUUGUCGGGCAUUUUAUUGUCGUUGGUGAGAAUUGCGAUGGGAUUUGCGGAUGGAUAUUUGCCAUGGAUGGGAAGACGUUUUGUUAUGUUAUGCUCGCAAAGUUUGGCUGUUGUUUUCUUCGCCUGUGUUAUCUCGUUCCUUCUCACCGAUCAAAAAGUUAGUUUAACUUUUUUUUUGAAUAAAUAAAAAAAUUAUCUUUCAGGGUCAAUGGUUCUACACUGCUGCCUAUCUUUCCGCAUUCGUCUUCACUUCCAUCGUUUGGGAACCUUGCUAUCUUUGCGCAUCUGAACUUAUGCCAACCGAUGUUCGUGCAACUUCAACCGCCAGUUGCUCGAUCAUUGGAAGAUUUGCAAACAUCGGAGCAUCAAUGCUCAGCGGACUCAAAACUGUUUAUGAGCCAGGAGUUCAUAUGAUCUCAAUUAGUUUGGGAAUUAUUAACAUUGUUGCCGCCUAUUUUAUGUUGGAAGAGACAAAGAAUUGUAGUUUGGAUAAGGCUGGAGGAGGUGCAAAAGCUGCCGAAAAAGCCAAUGAACAGGAAAUGACUGAUCUCAUUAAGAAGAACGAGGAAUUGGAGGAAGAUGUUGAGAAGAAAUAA